GACGUUUGGGCUCCCCCUAAAAAUUACCCAUUGCCGGAUUGCCGGAUUGCUGGAUGGCAGGGCAGCAGUUGUUUUGGUUCUCAACACCUGUCUGAGUCAAGGUUGGACGGGGAGCCGAGUCGGUAGGCAAUUGUCUAAGGAUUUUGAUUUGUAUUUGGAUAUGAAAGCGGAACAUCCCACCCGGACUGGGACCCACCGCGGCGCAGCAAGGGUUUGAGCGAUUCGCCUUACAUAAGCAAGCGAUGUAAAAAUCGAGUCCCGGGAGACUGCGGAGCAAAGUGCCUUUAUUGAUGGAUCCAAACACAAUCCGAGUGCCUAUCAGUACACGGACUGAGCCUUAAACCAGUGCCUUUGGAAUUAUACGGAACAAGCAACCAAAUACAUACACAACUGAGAUGUCGGGGAGGAGCUAUCAGCGCCAGAGCCUGGAACUGCGUAGUCCUGACAACAGCUCGCUGGACGAUGUAGCGGACAGCCGUUUUCGGAAUAUGCUCGGCUCCAGCGCCAGCGCCAGCCAGAGACGUCGCCAGCAGCGGGUGGCCCAGCACCGCCAGGAGUCGUGGUUCCGUCACUCCAUGCCGCCGGCCGUCAACCGAGACUUCGAGUCCCUGGAGCAUCUGACGCCCAAGACCAGCUGCGGCCUGGACGAGCAGUUGGCCGCCUCCGUCUCGAGCAGCGUCCACAGCGGUGGGAGCUCCACGCUCUGCGGCAGUCGUGGCGGGAAUACGAAUACGGACCACUUCAGCAUCCAUCUGAACAGUGCCAACAGCAACCUGGGAUUCAUAGACUCCGACACCCCCAACACGCCGAUCACUCCUCCCAGAUCGACCUCGACCUCCCUCUGCGGUGGCCUGCAGCCGCACGCAUCCGUCUCCACCUCUGUAGCCGGCACGCUCUCAUCUCGCCAAGGCGCCGCCGGGCUACCGCAGAGCUCCCAUAGCAGUCGUAAGGACUCCAAGGGGUCCAUCCUCUCCAGACAGAGCCUGGCUCAGCGUGGCCUGCGAAUGACAACCUCAUUUCUACGCAGGAAACGGAAGGAGUACGAAGAUGAUGAGGACAUCACCUCGUCCGCCGGCUACGAUGCAGAGGAUGGAGAGCGGCGUGUCAUAAUCCUGAAUGGCGCCCAGCCCGUAAAGUACUGCAACAAUCGUAUAUCGACGGCCAAGUACAACAUCAUCAGCUUUCUGCCCUCGUUCCUGUUCGAGCAGUUCCGACGGUACUCGAACUGUUUUUUCCUGCUAAUCGCUUUGCUGCAGCAAAUCCCAGAUGUAUCGCCCACGGGUCGCUACACCACUCUGGUGCCCCUGAUGUUCAUCCUGUCUGUCAGCGCCGUCAAGGAGAUAAUCGAAGAUGUGAAGCGCCAUCGCGCUGAUAAUGAGAUCAAUCAUCGACCCAUCGAGCGGCUGGAGAACGGCACCUGGUCGACAGUCCGCUGGGCGGAGCUGACCGUGGGGGACAUUAUAAAAGUGUCGAUAAACACAUUCUUCCCCGCGGACCUAAUUAUCUUAUCGUCCAGUGAGCCCCAGGCCAUGUGUUUCAUUGAGACGGCCAAUCUGGAUGGGGAGACCAACCUGAAGAUACGGCAGGGAGUGACUGCCACUGCGGGACUGCUGGAGACAAAGGACCUCUCAAUGCUGCAGGGAAGGAUCGAGUGCGAGCUGCCCAAUCGGCAUCUGUACGAGUUUAACGGGGUGCUAAAGGAAUUCGGAAAGCAAUCCGUGUCCCUGGGCAACGAUCAGGUCCUGCAGCGUGGCGCUAUGUUGCGAAACACGGCCUGGGUGUUUGGGGUCGUUGUCUACUCGGGUCAGGAGACGAAGCUCAUGAAGAACUCUACCUCAGCACCGCUGAAGCGGUCCACCGUCGACAAGCUAACCAACACCCAGAUCCUGAUGUUGUUCAUGAUCCUGAUUUCGCUUUGCAUCACCAGUGGACUGUGCAAUCUGUUCUGGACCCGGGAGCACUCGGAAACGGACUGGUAUCUGGGCCUGAGCGACUUCAAGAGCUUGAGCCUCGGCUACAAUCUCCUCACCUUCUUCAUUCUGUACAACAACCUGAUACCCAUAUCGCUGCAGGUCACCCUCGAGCUGGUGCGCUUCCUGCAGGCCAUCUUCAUCAACUACGACAUCGAGAUGUACCACGAGCCCUCGGACACGCCGGCCAUGGCCCGCACCUCGAACCUCAACGAGGAGCUGGGCAUGGUAAAGUACAUAUUUUCUGACAAGACGGGCACGCUCACGCAGAAUGUGAUGGUCUUCAAGAAGUGCUCAAUAGCGGGGCAUAUCUAUGCCCCGCAGCGCACUCCGGAGGAGUCGCUGCUGGUUCAGAACAUCCUCAGACGGCACGAGUCGGCAGAAGUCAUCGAGGAGUUCCUGGUGCUGCUUUCCGUCUGCCACACCGUAAUACCUGAGCGAAGCGAUGAAAGCAUCAUCUACCACGCCGCUAGUCCGGACGAACGCGCCCUGGUCGAGGGCGCCCACUUCUUUGGCUACAUCUUCGACACCCGCACGCCCGAAUACGUGGAGAUCAAUGCGCUGGGCCAGCGGCGGCGAUAUCAGGUACUCAAUGUUCUGGAGUUCACAUCGGCGCGAAAGCGCAUGUCGCUGAUAGUGCGGACGCCAGAGGGCAAGAUCAAGCUCUUCUGCAAGGGCGCCGAUUCGGUGAUUUACGAACGCCUGUCCGCCCAAGAUAGACAGUACCGUGACCGGACGCUGCAGCACCUCGAGGAGUUCGCAUCGGAGGGUCUGCGCACGCUUUGUCUGGCCGUGGCCGACAUUCAGCCAGAUGUGUACGAGGAGUGGCGCAACACCUACCACAAGGCAGCGACGGCGCUGCAGCACCGCGAACGCAAGCUGGAGGACGCGGCGGACUUGAUUGAGAUCAAUCUGCGCCUACUGGGCGCCACGGCCAUCGAAGAUCGCUUGCAGGACGGCGUGCCGGAGACGAUUGCGGCGCUGAUGGAUGCCGGCAUCUAUAUUUGGGUGCUGACCGGCGACAAGCAAGAAACGGCCAUAAAUAUAGGAUACUCCUGCAGGCUGAUCUCCCAUACCAUGGACAUACUCAUCCUGAACGAGGAAAGCCUCGACGCAACCCGCGACGUCAUCCUUCGACACUUAGGGGAAUUUAAGAGCUCGACGGCCAACGACAUGAACGUGGCCCUGGUCAUCGAUGGCACCACACUAAAAUACGCCCUGAGCUGUGAUCUACGGGGCGAUUUUCAGGAGCUCUGCCUACUCUGCCGCGUGGUCAUCUGCUGCCGCGUGUCGCCCAUGCAGAAGGCGGAGGUGGUCGAGAUGGUCACCCAGAGCACCAAGGCGGUGACGCUGGCCAUCGGGGACGGUGCCAACGAUGUGGCCAUGAUACAGAAGGCAAACGUUGGCAUUGGUAUAUCCGGCGUUGAGGGGUUGCAAGCGGCCUGCGCCUCGGACUAUUCGAUUGCCCAAUUUCGGUACCUGCAGCGACUGCUGCUCGUGCACGGUGCUUGGAACUAUGCGCGUAUCAGCAAGCUGAUCCUGUACAGCUUCUACAAAAAUGUCUGUCUCUACGUCAUCGAACUGUGGUUCGCCCUCUACUCCGGCUGGUCGGGCCAGAUCCUGUUCGAGCGGUGGACCAUUGGUCUCUACAAUGUGCUGUUCACGGCCAUGCCCCCGUUCGCCAUGGGUCUGUUCGAGAAGUUCUGCACGGCCGAGACGAUGCUCAAGUACCCGAUGCUGUACAAGCCCUCGCAGAACGCCAAGUUGUUCAAUGUGAAGGUAUUUUGGAUCUGGAUCUUCAACGCCCUGCUGCACUCGGUGUUCCUCUUCUGGCUGCCCAUGGCCGCGUACUCAUCGGAUACCAUCUGGAGGGAUGGCAAGACCAACGACUACCUAAUGAUGGGAAAUAUGGUGUAUACGUAUGUGAUUGUGACGGUCUGCUUGAAGGCGGGCCUCAUCACAAACUCCUGGACCUGGCUGACGCAUAUGGCCAUUUGGGGCUCCAUAGUGCUCUGGUUCGGCUUUGUUCUGAUCUACAGUCACUGCUUUCCGACCUUCAACAUCGGCAGCAACUUCCCUGGCAUGGACAUCAUGAUGCUGAGCACGCCGGUGUUCUAUCUGGGUCUGGUUCUGGUGCCAAUCACCACCCUGCUGAUCGAUGUCAUCUGCAAACUGAUACACAACACCGUGUUCAAGACACUCACGGAGGCAGUACGCGAAACCGAGAUUAGGCGCAACGAUCUCGCCGAAGUGAUGAACGAGCCUCGAUCUUCAUUCACGGAAACUGCGAGGCUGCUACGUAAUGUAUUUACUCGUCGGGCCAACACGAGAGUCGAAACGGAACUAGAACUAUCCCAUGGCUACGCUUUCUCACAGGAGGAGGGCGGAGCUGUGCCCCAGUCUAUAGUUAUACGGGCAUAUGAUACCAAUUUGCCAAAACCUGAAGGCAACUAGUCCCGGAGGGACGACGUUCGAAUCGCUGGGCUGUGCAGCUACCGCAAGGACCAGCACUGCAACAAAAUUUAAUGAUAACUUACCAAUGUACAUAUUCUAAUCCCAAGGGAUACCAUGAACAUUUAAAUUUGAACACACAUGAUUUGUACGGAAGCGAUAGUGUAGCUGACAUACCCAUAAACAUAUUACGAUCAGAGCACCUGAGCAGAAGUGAAAGAAAUCACUAUUCUGGUAGGCCAAACAUCACACUAGUAACAUUUAUUCUUUAUGUGUCUUACAUUAACCUCACAGUAACGUAACUUAAACGUCUUAUAGGAGCAACAUUUAGUACAUACACAUACAUACAUACAUACAUAGGAAUAUUAAAAAUGGAACACACACAUAUGCGAAUAUCUUUGCUGUUAUUUAUUUUUUAAGAUCGGAAAAGAGAGUGAAGAGGCUAGAAAUUCGUUCGAUCAUGUCAUUCGUAUCUGUCCUUAUCCUUUGUGCUGCUUUGUGAUACGGACACAGACUUGCAUUCUUUUUCUAACACUAAAUCUAAGUAACUAAAUACUGUAAACAUUUGUACCUAUAUAAGCAUUAAAUUUCAACGUUUGUCUGUCGGCAAAGAUCCUGUAUUUUUUGGUCACUAAAUCAUUUAUAUAUUUUCGUUGAAAAUAAAUCAUAUUUCUCGACAA